UAAAUUGCUAGUUUACAAGAAAUAGAGUGAUUGAGCCUGUAGUUCAUUAUCUUAUCUGAUCUUGCAGACGCUGUCAUCAUUAGAAAAUUUCCAAAUAGAAACCAAAAGGGAAAGUAUAUAAAUGCUCAAAUUUAAAGAAGUUGUUAGAUUAAAAGUCAACGCUACUGGAGGGGACACUGCAUUAACACUGCUCAAAGCUAAUAAUUUCCCUGAAGACGGAAUAUUCUAGUAAGCAGAGGAAAGAAAAGAAAUAUUGCAAGAAAAAGAGAAGUAAAGCCCGAAAUGGCUGCUUGGAUAGCGAGCCUCAAGAAAAAAUAAUGCUACCAGAAAAUGUUUAUGAAAAGUCUUGUGGCUUUUGUCUGUUUUACCUGCUUUCUUUUGCAGUACAGUUUUUUCUCCUUUUUUGAGACCAAGAAAUCGUAUUCAGCUCUUGGAAGAUUUUUCCAGUGUACAGAUACUGUCGUGGCUGCACCUGCUCCUGGCUGCACUCCAUACUCAGGUUACCAGCAACUACAGCAUGGUGCCACCUUGUACAAACAUCACUGAAGUGCUCGAGACGUACUACCUGUCACCAUCUUAUGGCAUCGAGUUCUGCAUUGGUUUUCCUGGCAACUUUGUGGUUGUACUUGGUUACAUAUUUUGUUUGCAGCAGUGGCAGAGCUGCAACAUUUACCUCUUCAGCCUGGCAGUCUCCGACCUAAUUUUCCUCUGCACACUGCCACGUCUCGCGUACCUCUAUGCAAAUGACCAAUCAGAAACCAGUCCCUAUGCUUGCAUUAUCAACCGCUAUGUUUUGCACGUAAAUCUUUACUCUUCCAUCCUGUUUAUGGUUUUGUUAAGCAUGGACCGCUUCCUGCUCAUAAGAUAUCCAACACGGAACCACUACCUGCUGAGGCCACGAUCAGCCUUCAUCUUAACAGGGCUGAGCUGGCUAGCUGUAAAUGUGGAAGUUGCUCCAAUGAUAUCACUGAUGAUCCACGACCUCCAGAUCGGAAACUGGAGUCGCUGCAGGGAUUUUGCCAGCCUGGAAGGAAACAUCAAUACAUUGGGCUACAGCCUGGGACUAACCCUGACUGGUUACCUUCUCCCUCUGCUUGGACUUUGUGGUUUCUCCUACCAAAUUGCACAUCUGCUCCGUGUCCAGGAAAGGGCUGUCCAGAACAGGACAACAUCAUACAAGCGGCCUUUGAGGGUUGUUGUAAUGGCUGCAGUCAUGUUUCUGGUUCUCUACACUCCAUACCAUGUGCUGAGAAAUGUCAGAAUAGCAUCUAAUGAGGCCUGGGCAGGGAUGCAGCCGUGUACAAAUAUGUACAUAGAGUGCCUGUACAUCCUGACCAGACCGUUGGCCUUCUUGCACAGUGUCAUCAACCCUGUCUUCUACUUCUUCAUGGGUGACAAGUUCAGAGAGCUCCUAUUCGCCAAGCUCAGAAAGCUGGGCAGAAUGAAAGAGCAGCAAAGAGGGCAAGAUUGAAAAAGUCUACACAUAUCAUAUCAUAUAUCAUCAUAUGAGACACACAUCAACAUAGUGCAACCAAACACAUGGACCAGCUCGAUCUUUACAUGUAUUUUUUAUGUAUAUAUGUAUAUUUCUGCUGUGUUUUAAUUACCUCCACCCAUGGAGGUUAUGGUUUCGGUUCGGCUUGUCCGUUGUUUGUUGGUUUGUUUGUGUGUCAGCAGGAUAAUGUAAAAACUACUGGAACAACUUUUACCCAGUAAAAGAUUUUCUUGUUUUUUAUGAAGCUGUAGCUCUAGUUUCACUCUAGAAUGGUGUUGUGUGAGGUUCGUGAAGUGUUCUAAUGUGUGCGCAUGUGCUUAGUAGUAUAUCGUUCUUUAUUUUAAGAUGUAAUCCUGCUAAUAAUCCCCAUUUUUAUUAAAUGUAUCAGUAAUAUGAGUAUUUUUUAUUGUAACUAACAACAUACAGUUACUUUCCAUGUUUACAAAGUAAAGUAACAUACAAUAUCUUAUAAACAUAAUUGAAGAUGUAUAAACAAUUAAUAAUAAUUAAAUUAAAGGCCAGAGCCUAUUUUUAUAUUAAUGUGCUGUUUAAGCAUGAAUAUAUAUCUGCAGAUAGGUUGUUGUUCGUAUCUGUCUUUGAUGAAAAAGCAUAUUUAUUUGUAGUCAGAUGAAACUGGCGGUGGAUGUUUUGUCUUCUACUGUUGUCUUGUACUUCUAUUUUUUGGAUGUUUGUGAUUUAUAGUCUGCCUU